AUGGGUGAAAUUUUACCCUACGAUCGAAAAGAUGAAUCCACGGUGGACCUGCAGCAUCGAUGUCAACCAUUUCACCUGGAAUGGAUCUUCGGUUUCAACCCACGGGUUCCGCUGGUGAAUGUUUCCGUCAGUCAGGAUGCCAAGGAACUGGUGAUGGCAUCAGGAAAUGCAAUUAUUUUCUACAAGUAUGAAAACCAGCUUGAAUCCGUCUACACUUUGGUUGGACAUAAAACUUGUAUCAACACGAUUACCUCUGACGGUUCCGGUCGUUUUGUUGUGUCCACCGACAGCACUUACUGCAUUAACGUGUGGGAUCGAAAAGCUAAUCCGGAUGCGGCUCCCAUUGCUAUCCGCACUAUUUAUGAACCAUUCCGGGAAUCCGCUGAAAUCAACGCAGCUGGAUUGAGCCAUGACGGACGAUACCUUGUGGCGGCGUGCAGUGGCUCCAGGCAUCUACUGCAACUAUGGCAGUGGACCAUCGGAAACGAUACUCCGGAUGACUGUGUCGAACUACCUGCCCGCUUAGGCAAAACGAAAACCAUAAACUUUUGCUCGGACCUUGAGAAGAAGAAUCAUUUUGUCGUGACGCUCGAAAACGGAAUCAUCUUUGGGUGUUUCGAUUCCCGAAAUCAAAAGCUAUUGAUCGAGGUACCGAAGAAACAUGGUUUUCAGGACUACAACGAUUCGGUCUUUGUGUGCGACAGCCCGAGGGCUGUUUCCGUUACGGCCGCUGGAAUGGCAAUCGUCUGGAGCGAUGAGCAGAAAGUGGAUGCUCCCGUUAGAAAACAGUUUCUUAAAUAUUUGCAUUUGAAGUAUGCAUCGAUUAAUGUCGUUCGUUGUUGCGACCAGAAGUUGAUUACUGGUGACGAUGAUGGGGAGAUUCGGUUCUACGAUACAUGCAUGAGGAUUUUGUACUGGUUUAAGCAGGAAGAUCCGGAACCGAUUAGAACCAUUUCGUUUGAUAUUCUUCCUAGGAAGUAUGUGCUGGAUGGAGGACAUCAGCAAGCAGGUAAGGAUGACGCAGAAAUACUGUUACUGGAUUCAGUACCACGUGAUGUAUCGUUGGAGGGCAAUCCGGUUAUCAUCAGAAACUUUGUGAUAUCCACCAAAUCCGGGCGAACAUUUCAGAUUGAUAUAGUUCAAAACAAGAUACAGGAGUUAUAUUAUCCUUCGGGUAGUAUUAUCACGGCAUUUGAUAUUCAUCCGAAUGAAUCCCAAUUGUGUAGCUGUGAUGGGAACGGAAAAAUAACAAUUUAUGAUUUAAAAGGAAAACAAGCCACCAUGAGCUUAUCUGUACCGAUCCAACGAACUCGACGGGGUCGCAUAACUGUUUUGAACUACUCUCCUUGUGGAAUAUACCUUGUCGGCGGAGCCGAGAAUGGAUUCAUCUGGAUGAUAAAUCCCGUGACAAUGGUCAUUAGCGAAGACAGCCCUCUGCAAUUUGGUAAUGAAAAAAUUCGGCAGGCAGUUUUUUCUCCUGAUUCACGGUUUGUUGUUUUUACCGCCGAUGAUGGAAGCAUUGGAUUGUUGGAGCGUGAGAACGACUGCUGGCAGCUGAUUGGAAGAAACGACACUCACAAAGUUGUCGAAAUUAUUUUUGCUUCGGAAAUAAGAUUUCUCACUAUUGGAGACGAUAGACAUCUUGUAGAAUACAUUAUCGAACUGAAGGACAAUUCCCGAAUGGAUUGUCUACUUGUUGGGGAGCGGUUCAGACUGGAGCAAUCAGCUCAUACAAUUUCGAUGAUGCUACUGUCAGCUGAGGAGUUGCUGGUGGCCAACGAUCAAUUUAAGUUUAAAAUUUACAGCCUACACACAUUCGACAUCCUGCACACCUACCUUGCACCGUUUAGUGAUGGACCCGUUCGAAGUUUGUUCUUGCUGCCAGGUGCAAAAUUCUUUACGUUUAUGACAGACAAGAACCUCUAUAUCCAUCAAUUGCCUAUAGAUGGAAACCCGUACAGGUUCAUGGGAAUCUUUGGUCAUCCGAAGAAGUUGAAAUCUAUGCGUACAAUGAAAGAUCGUUACGUAUUUUGCUACGGAGAUGGGGAUCACGGCGUUAGCAUAUGGAGGAUUAAUACCAGUCCGGUACUUGAAAAUCUAAAACACUGUGGAUCUGGGUUGGAUCCAUACUGUACACUUCUACCCGGUGGCAAAACAGGAUGCUAUGUGAAGGAAAUGCUCAGUUUGUUCUUCUACAACCAAAUUUCACCGAAACACACCGAAGAAGACACGGAAAUUUCGAUACGAGACGCAAUGGACAGGAGAGACGUUCCGAACUAUAUGAGAAGCAUAGGGUUUUAUAUGACCCAAUUUGAGGAGGAAAAUCUGAUGAAGGAAAUCGAACAACAGGGUGCAUACUUCCUAACUUUUGAGGAGGUGGUGAAACUGUUCCUGAAUCAUCGCACUCUAGCUAAUCCAAGCUGCGAGGACAUUCGCACGGCUCUAACAUACCUCACGAGAGGUGUGUACGAUUCCGUCGAUGUAACUUCGUUCAGCCGAAUGCUUGCCGCUGUCGGAGAGCGAAUCGACACAAAGUCGUUGGAUUUUUACACGAAGAUUUUAUUUCCCGCCUAUUGCAACUGCCCGAACGAAACGGCUUCAUCGGGCUCAGGAGAUACUGCGGCAUCUUUUGUACCGGUCGAAGAGUUUGUGGAGAAACUUUGCUGAAUCAAUUCGCAGGUGCGUUCUAGCAAAAUCACUUAUCAAAAUAUAACUUUUUGGAUCAUAUUUUCAUCUUAACAACUAGCAGUAAACGGCGUUGCUGACUCACGUACACAGAGGAAGCUUGCUCUCAGCUUCUAUGGCAUUGACAAAAAGCUGCAUUUUGAAGUUUGAAUAUAGGAUGGCUUUGGGCCAAUCUGCUUCUUGUUUUUCGUUUUUCAGAAUCUACUUCAGUAGGUAUAUGUAGCGUGGAGUGCUAGGAAUGGAAGAAUUCUAAUCACUUUUCAGAAGUAAGUGAAUCAUGAUGUUUGCCAUCUAUUUAGCAAUUAUGCUUGGACAAAGAAUAAAUACCUGUGUGGCCUUUGUAGCGCUU